AUGCAGGCGUGGGUUGGAGCCACAAAAGUCAACAGCAACACCAUAAAGAGUUUGAGCGCAGCAGAAUCCUCGAAUGAUGGAAAAAUCUAUCGCAUGACAUUCGAUGGGGAUGGAAUCUUUCGAGUCUAUUCGCUUACCUUGGAUCCGAAAGGCAACUGGUCGGUUAUGUGGUCAUCGUCAGACGAUAAGUGCGAAUCCAAAGGCCUUUGCGGCCUAAACGGAUAUUGCGUUCAAAUCAAUACCGAGGUGGAUUGUAGAUGCCUCCUGGGAUUCAAUUUCGUAAAUAACAAGAUUUGGAGUCUCGGGUGCGAGAGGAAUUCCACAGCAGUGAGUUGCGACACCAAUGGCGGCAGUGCCGAGAUCGUUAUGGAAGAAAUGCCAAACAUGAUAUUGGAAGACGAAAAUUAUGAGGAGACCGAAGUAACCAACAAAGAAGAUUGUAAACAAUCAUGUUUUGAUGACUGUAAUUGCGAAAUCGCAUUAUACAGUGCGGAAAACAAAUGCAAAAAACAAAGGUUUCCUUUGACAUACGGAAGAAAAUCGCGAAGUUCUUCGCAAGUUGCCUUCAUCAAGAAGGUUACAAAAGAACAUCCGGCUUUGCCUCCCAAGAGACCUAAAAAAAAAGAGCUGCGAUUAGAAACUGUCCUAAUCAUUGGAGCUUCACUUAUUACUUUUGUAAUCAUGGUGCUAACAAUUUCUGGAUUUUUUAUUUAUAGAAAUAGAGUUUGGGUAUAUAAAGAGAUUUCGGAGAAAGGGUAUGUUGAAUUCGCCGGGGAUAUAGUUCUGCGAACCUUUACGUUUGCAGAACUAGAGCAAUUGACAAACGGCUUUCGAGAGGAGUUGGGAAGAGGAGCAUCCGCGACCGUUUACAAGGGCGUAAUACCGUACAACCAAAAGGUUGUAGCUGUGAAGAAGCUCGAGAAGGCAUUGGCAGAGGGGGAAAGAGAAUUCCAGAGGGAGAUUAAAGGAAUAGGGCGAACCCAUCAUCGAAACCUAGUCCAACUCUACGGUUAUUGCCUCGAUGGAACGAACAUGCUUUUGGUAUACGAAUACAUGUGCAACGGAUCGCUUGCAGAUUUUCUCUUCACGCAUGAAAGGCCCCUGCCGAAUUGGGACGAAAAAGUCGAAAUCGCUCGCGACAUUGCACGCGGCAUUCAUUACCUGCAUGAUGAGUGUGAGACCCAAAUCAUCCAUUGCGAUAUAAAGCCUCAAAACAUACUCAUGGACGAGCACUGCUGCGCCAAGAUCAGCGACUUUGGAUUAGCAAAGCUUUCGAAGGCGCCGGACCAAACCAAAACCUACACGGGGAUAAGGGGAACGAGGGGUUACGUGGCGCCCGAGUGGCAUCGGAAGCUGCCAAUUACCGUGAAAGCGGAUGUCUAUAGCUUCGGGAUCGUGUUGUUGGAGAUCAUAUGUGGUCGAAAGUGUUUGGACUGGAGCCGUAGCGAGGACGAAGCUGUGCUUGAAAACUGGGUAUAUGAUUGUUUUGAGGCCGGAGAAUUGGGGAAAUUGGUGGGGGAGGAAGAAGAGGUGGACAUGAGGAAAUUGGAGAGGAUGGUGAAAGUGGGACUUUGGUGCAUUCAAGAUGAGCCAUCUCUCCGUCCUUUGAUGAAGAAAGUUUUGUUGAUGAUCGAAGGAACUGUUGACAUCCCAAUACCUCCUUGUCCUACUUCCUUUCUAAGUACCUUAUGAUUAUGAAGUUUUUUCCUAUUUUAUUUCUAUUCAUGUUUUUGUCGAAUUUGUAUGUUUUCUUUCUAAGCUGUCUUUGUGGGGUGGUUAUGUUGUUGCCUUAGGGAGUCCAUAAGAAUUCUGGUUGUGUUGGUUGAUGCUUGAAGGAACAGUUGACAUCUCAAUGCCUCCUAGUCCUACUUCCUUCUUUAGUGCCAUCUGAUUGUGAAGUGUUUUUAGUAUUUCCAUUCAUGUUUUCAUUGAAUUUUUAUUUUAUUUGUAUGAGG